UUUCAAGAACUGCAAUGUGUGGCUGAAAAUCGUUUCACCGCUUCAGAAUUUGUUUUAGACCAAACUUGAGUGGCUUUCUUCUUCUUAACUGUAAUAAAUGGCCGCGUCUCUAGCGUCCCUUCCGACCAAUUCUUGUCUGAGCCAUGGUGAUGAGUGUUGCAACCGUUCUCCCACCAAUUCAGUAUUUUCAGGCCAUUCUCUGACCGUGAAGAGGAACCGAAUGGUUCAAUCGCUGCACUAUGAACGUAGUACAGUGAGGAGAUUGGUCGUGACGGCUGCGACGGAAGGAUCCAGAAAGUCCAAAGAAAGUCAACCUUCUUGGGCGAAUCCUGACUCUGAUGAGCCACCUCCUUGGGCUAGAGACGAAGGUCGUUCUUCUACGUCACAAGAAAGCGUUGAGAUUCCCUUCUAUGUUUAUCUGCUAGCCUCGGCAAUUACUGCCAUUGCUGCUAUUGGUUCUGUUUUUGAGUACUCGAGCAAGAAUCCAGUGUUCGGGGUCUUGGACUCUGACAGUAUCUUUUAUACUCCUGUGCUUGGAUUCUUUGCUUUAACUGGAAUCCCCACUUCUGUAUUCCUAUGGUUCAAAUCCGUUGAAGCUGCUAACAAGGAAGCUGCGGAACAAGAUAAAAGAGAUGGAUUUCGUUAAAACUCUUGUGUUUUUUCCUCAACUCUUACAGUGAUUGUUGUUUUCCUCCACAUACUUUGAAUAUAAUUCUGCAUAUUUAAGAAGCUUGCUUCUCUGUUCACUGUUUUAUUACCUCCAAGUCUUUUUUUUUGUUA